AUGAUCAAGCCACCUCAGAAGAGCUUCGCAGGAUCACCCAGAACACUAGCUGGAACUAUUCUCUCUUUGACUGUUGUUCACCAGGCACAUUAUGUUUUACCAGCUGCUGCCUCCCAUGCCUUGCUUUCGGCAAGACACAAUCAAGACUUCGUGACCCGACCCUGCAAAGUUAUGACUCGAUCAACGGUGAUCCUUGGAUUUUCACAAUGGAUCUACCAGACUAUCAAAAGAGGCGAGCUGCGCAAUAAGUAUGGGAUCCAGGGGUUUUGCUGUGGUGAUUGCUGUGUGAGCAUGUGCUGCGGCUGCUGCGCACUCAUUCAAGAGGAAAAGGAGGCUGAAAUACGCACCAGACCUCAGGUCACAGGAUACCAAAUGGCACCACAGAUGGCGUAUCCUCAAUAA